AUGCAGAUUUUGUGCCACCUCAGAAACUACACGGAGCCCGUGUUUCAGAGGUACAUCAUCCGCCUGAUCUUCAUGGUACCAGUCUACGCCAUCGGGUCCUGGUUCUCCCUCAAGUACCGCGACGCGGCCAUAUACUUUGACACCAUCCGCGACUGGCGGCGAGCAAUAUCGGGCAGCAAGGCGGACGGCAGCUAUGAGGCGUGGAUCAUCUACAACUUCACCAGCCUGCUGCUGGCGUAUGUGGGCGGCCCAGGGGCUGUGGUGGUCAAGGCGGAGGGCAAGGUGGUGCACCCCUCAUGGUCACACCUCACAUGCUGCUUGCCGGCAAUGCAGGUGGACGGCUUCUUCCUGCGGCGCUGCAAGCAGGGCACGCUGCAGUUUGUGCUGAUGAAGCCCAUCAUGGCGGCGCUCACGCUGAUACUGUACGCCGCAAACGCCUACACCGACGGCGACAUGAGCCCCAAGAACGGGUAUUUCUACAUAUCCAUCAUGUACAACGUGUGCUACACGUUUGCACUGUACGGCCUCAUGCUGUUCUGGAUCGGCGCAAGCGAGCUGCUGGCGCCGUUCAACCCGCUCCUCAAGUUUAUUCUCGUCAAGACGGUGGUGUUCCUCACGUUCUGGCAGGGCAUCGUGAUCUCCGCGGUCAACAGCAUGGGCGAGAUCCGCGACCCCGAGGACGGCAAGGCCCUCCAGAACUUCAUGAUCUGCGUGGAGAUGCUGCUCGCGGGCACCGCAAUGAUCUACGCCUUCCCCUACAAGCAGUACUCUAUCGGCGGCUCGACGGCCGGCUUCCGCCUCGACGCGUUUGCGCACGCGGCCAGCGUCUCGGACGUCGUAAAGGACGUCGUGCACGUGUUUGCCCCCUCGUAUUCCGACUACGUCCUGUACAGCGACGGCGGCCCCGCCGACCACGUGAAGCGCAAGAAGUUCAGGGGCCAGAAGGGCACGGACGCGCCCAAGUCGAGCUUGGUGAAGAACAUGGCCAAGACGGGGCUGGCGGGGCUGGACAACGUGCUUGAGGCGGCCGGCGGGCUGGCGGCGGGGCGGCGCAGCAAGACGCCGGCGCCGAGCGCGUCCAAGGCGGCGCGGGCGAUGGAGCGCAACAGGGACAUGGCAAUCCUCCUGGACUCGGACUCUGACGCCAUGGAUUCAGAGGAGGAGGGUGGCGGACACCUGGGCACCAUGGUCGCUUCAGGCUCUGACGGGGAGUCCUCCGACAGCGGCGGCGACUCCCCCCGCUCCCCACACUCCACGCGCCCGUCUUCCCGCCGCGCGUCCCGCCCGGACAACGGCGCGGGCCUGCCGGGCGGCGGCAACGGCGCGAGCGGCGGCGGGCGCGGCAGGGGCGGGGCGCGGGCGGACGGGGCGCCGACGCCGCUGCGGCGGAGGAUGAGGCUUCUGAGCUCGAGCGAUGAGGAGGGGGGCGGCGAAGGGGCUGGCGGGUCGGAGGGGGAGGAUGAGGAGAGGCAUGGCCACGCACGGGCGUCUGAGCUUGCCACAGCGCAGCAGCGGGAGCGGCCGAGCCAGCAACAACAGCAGCAGCAGCAGCAGCAGCAGCAGCAGCCAGUCCCGACGCUGCGUGCCCCGACGCCCCAAAUUGCACCGCAGCGGCGGGUGGAAGGCGAGGCCGCGCGCGAGGGGGCGCAGCUGCGGCCGCUACAAGCACCCGCCUUGCAGCAGCAGCAGCAACAGCAGAACGCGGGCAGCGACGACGGCACCGGCGGUGUCAGCGGGGCCAUCAGCCUGCCGCGCCCCAAGUCGGCCAGGCAGCGGCUUCUGGAGGCGGCCGCCGCGGCCCAGGCGGCGGCUGUCGCUGACCAGCCGGGCUCUCCCGGCUGGGCGGCCAGCGGCUGGGGAGAUGGGGCCCCCAGUGGUGCUGCAGACAGGGGCAGCGGCGGCGGCAGGGGCGGUAGCGGCGGCAAAGGCAGUGCCGGCGGGAGGGGCAGCGGUGGCGGCAGGAGCAGCGGCGGCAGCAGGGGCAGCGGUGGCGGCAAGGGCAGCGGCGGCGGCGCCGGCUGGGCUGAGGAGGGCUGGUCCAACGUGCCAGUGUGA